AUGGCCAGUUCGACUAGCGACAUGCGGUUCCAAGUGAGCUACUACUCCCGCGACAGCCUUCAAAGUUUCAGGAGAUCGGAUGGUGAGGUGAGAGACCUCAAAGCCUCAAAUGUGUCACAGGAAGACAUCUCUAACGUCACUGUGCCACUCAGUCUUUCGAUAUCGAUAAUGACUACGUAUAUCCUCAUCGGGGCCAUUGUUUUCUGCAUUUGGGAAGAUGACAAUUACCUCAAGUGGUCGUACUUUUGCUUCGUUACCCUAUCAACGAUUGGCUUUGGUGAUAUUGUUCCAGGUAAGAUGUCUGUUCUGUGUCUAAACAUUUUUUGGCAGACUUAAAAGUAGCAAAAUAUCUUUUAGGCAGCAUUACUUCAAAUAGAUAGCUUUAACGUUUUCAUAUUAAGGUAGGACAACCAUUCACUUAGUUGCGCUAAAUAAACAAACGAAAUCGCACGAUGAAUUUCCUAUGCAGCCCAAUUCAUGAGCGGCCGCUUUCUGCUAACAGAUCCCUCAUUAAGAAGUCUUGCCGGCUAGGUCACCCAGGACAGGAAGCCUAAUUUCUAGUUUGUUUUUUGUAAUAAGCCAACCAUUCGCGACCCAACUUCGGGAAGUCUCGAGAUCAGAACCCAUAAAGCAUAAGUCGACAUUUAAAGGACAGAGUGUUGGGCCCACCAACAAGGCAAAUACAACAUGAAUGCUGACUUUUUGUGUCCAGAACUGAGAUAUGACUGCCUGACGAGGACAAAUAAGUCGAAAGUGGCCUUUUUAUUCACAUUGGCCGUUGCCCGCAUUUACUAUCAAAAAAAUGCAAACGUAGUCUGUGCAUAGUCGUAAUUCGCAGCACUCGAUUUUGCAGCCAAAAUCGACGUUCCCACUAGAAACGUAGUAGAGAACAAUCAUAUUUUUACUACUGAAUGUGUUUCUCCAGUUGACUGACAGCUUAAACUGGCAGCUAGAAUGGCUGUUUACUGAAAACAAAUUGACAUAAUCGCUCCAUUCUAGCGGAAAUUUCUACUAGCAAACUUAACUUGUCGUCGCUUUGAACUCUAGACCAAUCAAAUUGCUUCAGACGUAUGAAAUGUGUAUCAGGAGCGCUCCAAAACCUCUUCUAGGCUAGCAGAAAUAUAAGUCAGUGUAAGUGGGUGACAGGACCAUCUACGUGGGCGAGGAAAGCACUUUAAAUUGUUUCUUGGGAUUGUUAAGAAUAGUGAUGUUCGGGCGGCGUCAAGUUACUAGUUGUCAGUGUGGAUAGGAAGAAAUUCUAAUUUAAGGUUGUUGAUAAAUGACCUCACAGAGGUUUUUCGCAAUGCUUCGGAUUAAUGAACCCCACUGCAGAAGUCACCAUUUACUUAUGGACUUUAAGAGUAUAUUUGCUGGGUUUUGUAUCGCAGACUGGGCAUUUCGACAUUUCACCCAUUAAGCGCUAGAAAGGCAUAUAUCUGAAGGUAAUAGGUAAUUAAACCCUCGAUCGUGAAUAAUACUAUAUGUUCAGAAGAAAUUAUAUCAUGAUUUUGAAAAAGGAGUCCUUGAUAAGCAGCUAAACGAAAAGGACGCGCGUAUUUUUGCUCCAAAUCAGCACUGUAACUCUUCCUAAAUAUAAAUUUGUAUUUCAGUAUUGCCAUAUUGCAAACAAGGGACUCAUGAGCAACAUAUUAUAUUCAAUAGGCCAAAAUGAUUAGUUACCGCGGCCUAAUGUCAGUUCAGUCUGGCUGAAUUAAAAAUGAAGGCUAUUGAGUUGCAAACCCUUUAACCUGGCGUUGGGGGAAUGGUAAACUGGUGAAAAAUUUGUCCCUGUGAACUGUUAGAGGACGAAAAUAAUGGACGUCCUUUAUCAGCAAAAACCUACUGUCACGCUAGGAGACCUAACUGCCAGAGCAGUAAAUUUAUUUGCCUUAUAAUUAGGAUUUAUGACCCGACCCAUAAUUUACAAUCAGCAGAUGGAAGAGAGCAAUAGAAAAUAAUCACAAAACCUGCGAAUUUUCUUAGAUACACUAGCAUUUACCAGAAGCCAACAAGUUAAUACCUUCCACAAUAAACGCAGAUCCUCUUCGUUUAAACCAUAUACUAUGUUCACUUAAAUCCACAUGUUGGUGGUUUACUUAAUACUGCCCAAGCGUUCUUGUUUAGUAGUACCACACUCUCUCUGUGUCAAGGCCACCUUUGGUAUUACUGGUGGAUACUUGUUCAGUAAAAACGGAUGGGAAGAGUUGAAUUACGGGAAGUGUAUCUUUAAAUUUAUUUAAAAAUAAUGGGUCAUAGGCUAUGAUUCAGAGGCUUACAAUUUACACAGCUAUUCUUCAUAGAAUAUUUUGGCAUUGUCAGCUUUGAAGACGAUACCGGACCUUGUUGCGUUUGCUGAGAAUUGGAAUUAAUCCUCCUUAGUUCUGACGGUUGUUGGGCCACCCAAUUGGAGCUAUACUUCCGGUUUCUGGUGCCACCAUUACAUAAAGCAUCUAAAUUACGGGACGGCUGAGAAAGGCUUCCUAUCGAUAUUUUAAGCUCAAAAUGAGAACAGCAUGCAAUUGCCAAACACGCUAUGACAUGAUGCAUGCAGUGUAUGAAUGCAUUUAAACACGAUAUUGCAGUAGUAAUUAAUUUAAACCCAUUUUGUGAAGUAUUAUUACACUGUGAAAUUACAAACGUAGCUGCUAAUGCAUUAUGAGACUGAUGAAUUCAUAACCGAAAGUAAACUUGGCUAACAAGUGUUUUCGGUAAUUCUUCGUCAGACCAAUACAAUUACAUCAAGGAGUGAAAAUGUACAAAAUUAGCAGUGUUUAUAGGGGUCUCAAGGGCAAUUAAGUCAUUCACAUCCAUCCUCCCCAUGCCGCCCGCAUGAUGAGGUCGGCGGGUUUUGGUCCUUAGAGCUAGGGGAGGGGCUAAGCGAGUCUUUGAGUGAUGCUCUUGGAUUAAGUACACGGAGUACCCAUCAUUGUAGUCAGGGAUUUGGGGCGGCAUGUCGUCAUCACGUAAGGUUGGCGUUGGCCACGGCAGAGCGAGAGAGCUCUUGUGUCAGGGUUUUCUGACAGUAUAGCAUCGGAUCCGCUAGCCGUAUAGCCACUGCCUCGGCCGUUGCUAGUAUCCGUUGGCGUAGGCCUUUAGAGAAGCUUGUUGGUCUCCGAUAGACAACCUGAAAUGCCUUCUUGGCAUCGACUCAGUGAUCCGUAUCGAUUAAAUGUGCGAGAAUAGAACUCGAAACCGAUCGGGUCUCACCUUUGUCUAGCCAGGCGGGCAUAUGUUCACGCAGCCUCUUUACCAGACGUCUCGUUGUACGGCCGAUGUAUACGGCUCCACAGGAGCAAGUGAAUGAGCAGAUGCACAUUGAUUUGGCCUCCAACGGUAGCCUGUCUUUACCUCCCAAACGUAGGAGGGGAGAGUUUGUGAAACAUACGCGUAAAUUUGCCGCGGGGAAUGCUCUCGUGACAGCUGUAGUUAAGCGCCGUCUAACUAGUUCGUUCGCUGCGUCCCCUGCAAAAGGCAGUCUUUGGGUAAAGAUAGACUACCGUUGGAGGCAAAAUCAAUGUGCAUCUGCUCAUUCACUUGCUCCUGUGGAGCCGUAUACAUCGGCCGUACAACGAGACGUCUGGUAAAGAGGCUGCGUGAACAUAUGCCCGCCUGGCUAGACAAAGGUGAGACCCGAUCGGUUUCGAGUUCUAUUCUCGCACAUUUAAUCGAUACGGAUCACUGAGUCGAUGCCAAGAAGGCAUUUCAGGUUGUCUAUCGGAGACCAACAAGCUUCUCUAAAGGCCUACGCCAACGGAUACUAGCAACGGCCGAGGCAGUGGCUAUACGGCUAGCGGAUCCGAUGCUAUACUGUCAGAAAACCCUGACACAAGAGCUCUCUCGCUCUGCCGUGGCCAACGCCAACCUUACGUGAUGACGACAUGCCGCCCCAAAUCCCUGACUACAAUGAUGGGUACUCCGUGUACUUAAUCCAAGAGCAUCACUCAAAGACUCGCUUAGCCCCUCCCCUAGCUCUAAGGACCAAAACCCGCCGACCUCAUCAUGCGGGCGGCAUGGGGAGGAUGGAUGUGAAUGACUUAAUUGCCCUUGAGACCCCUAUAAACACUGCUAAUUUUGUACAUUUUCACUCCUUGAUGUAAUUGUAUUGGUCUGACGAAGAAUUACCGAAAACACUUGUUAGCCAAUGUGACUCUUCAAAUGUGACAUUCGAAUAUUUGCGGAAUUCAUAAUUUUUAAAAGAAUAUGUGUUUGAAGUUGUUUCUCGUGUUUCUCAUUUAUAAUAGUCCUAAUCUUAAAUGUAUCAUAAACUAAACCAGAAUUCGCGUAGGAUAUGCUUGUAUUUUAGGAGCUUAGGAAGGUUUCUUAUUCCACUUGUCCCAAUUCACUUGACCCUUUUGUCGUCAUAUUUACAGUCUGGCAUUUCAAAAUGAAAUCAUUUGGUUAGUUGUGCUGUUAUACAUUUAUUUGACUUUAAACCAUGGCAUUUGGUCUAAUACAAACAAGUUUAUGAGGAAUCACUUCAACGGUCCUCUUAAACACAACCAAAGGUCUGAAUAGACUCCAGCCUGCAAAACAUUUUUCUGCAAUAUUUCAGUGGCCCAAUAUCACAUCUGAACUUAGUUGAACCCUUUAAAAUCUCAUUUUGAGUAAAACAAUGGACGUGCUUGACGCCAAACAUGCAGACGUACUAAAUCCUACCGCAACUUUUUGAGCUUUUGCACUUAUUUGUACUGCUUACAAAGCGCUCAAUUACCUUAUACCUGAUUAAUAUGCUUGUAUUUCCUAGUGUAGAUUUCAUUUAAACUUUUUCUGUGUAAUCGGUAACGCGGUCAUACAUUUAAAAGAUGCAUAAAUCUAAUGUACUCAAUCACAGUGGGACUAAUAACUGCGACCUAAAAUGCAAUGUAUAGACCUUGAAGAAUGAAACACGAUCGUCGGGACAAGAGCUUGAUUAGCCUGACGUUUCGGAUUCCUACUCGAAUCCAUCAUCAGAGAAAAAAAAGCAGGAACGGGUGGUUGUUGCACAAGGGGCUGCGCUAUUUAUAGGAUGCAGUAACCAUGCUUCCGCAUACCUAUGAAUAUUCACGGCUCCCCCUCCUUCAUCCGAGAUCGUCGCACUUGGUGUGAUCAUUGCUUGAUGGCCGACAUUCGAGUCGAUAAUUGCUGCAAUUUCAUCACUUGCGUUGGAUGUUGGCGUCAUGAUUGCUCGACCAUCUGACGCACCGACCCCGGUGUUGGGAAAAGUGGUUACCUCUGCGCUCCCUGCAUGGCUUGUUACUCCGCCUAGGCGAAGUUUUAGCACGCAGUAUGGAGUGGGAAGAUCGUUGCACUUGUUACUAGACUAAGGGUCAGUAAACCAUGAUUCCAGUAGCUCCAGGCUCACGCGGUUGUCACCUCUUGCAAGAAUUUUGGCCUCAUCGAAUUUAAAUGUGUGGCCGGAUCUCGUCGAAUGUGCCGCAACUUGAGAGUUGGCGUCAUUUCUGCGUACUGCUACCGCGUUUUCGGCUAUUCUCGUUCGGAGUUGUCUUUCGGUUUCUCAGCCGGAGCCCCUUGUGCGACAACCACCCGUUUCUGCUUUUUUCUCUGAUGAUGGAUUCGAGUAGUAAUCCGAAAGGUCAGGCUAAUAUACCUCUUGUCCCGGCGAUCGUGUCUCUUUUUUCAAGAUUACUUCCUGGGACUCGUCUCUUCGCUUCUAUUGGCAAUAUAUAGACCGUUUGGUGUUGAAAUUUUCGUGAUCCGUAUUUCAUUGUUUGGAAUUUAUGCAGUUCGAUAUUCCAAAUUAAUAUAUAUGCUCCUGCGCUGCCGUGACAGCUAGUCAUUCCUUUUGCGACUUUUGGUGGUUAGAUAAUAAUUUGUUAUUGCCUUUUUGGUUGUGAGAAUUAAACUUAGUGUGAUUGGUGAUCUUCGACAGACAAGUCGAACGUAGCUGCUCCUACUGCACCGACUAAAUAUGAAAAUAAAGGGAUAAAAGUUGUCAUGCACAUGUACCCUUGGCUUAACCUUCCUGGUAGCUCCACGGCAGAAGUCAAGUAACCCGUGUUCAAAAGGAAUUCGACUCGCUUUAAGGCAUAAAAGAUAUCAAUGAUUCAGAAUGUGUUUGAGGCCAGCAGGUUCAAGUAAAUUAGUUAUUACACCCUCACAGUACAUCUAAUCUUGUUUUCUGGCUCGUCAGAUUUUUUGAAUGUCAAACUCUCUCGCCAGCGGAAUCAACUCAACUUAUUUUUCUCACAUAACUGCUGGAACAAAACCCCCAGAUUUGAAGUUUCGUCAAUACUGGAGGUCAAAAAUUGACAAUAUGUAGGUGCAUUUAGGUAACGUAUUAUUUAGUAAACUAUAAAGUAGCACAAAUAUUUUAGAAUGAGAUAUUCCAACUCACACUAAGGGAGUAGUUUGACUUUUACUGUUUAAAUUGACAGUGCUCACUAGAAAAAGAUUAAGAUCUUUAGUUAAUUAAUUUAGCUAGAUAUAUGUCCUCUGGUGCUUUUCCGGUCACCAUAUGCAGUGCUCGGUUACAUGGGAAAAGACUUGGAAGAUUUAAAGUCCAAGGAGGUGAUGGGAGGCAAUUAGAAUAUCCUUAUGCAUAUUUUCCCCCUACUCGCAAACACUCACUAGAUGGGAUUGAAGCAUGCUGUUUAGCACUCAGUAAGGUUUCAAAAUGUCCCCUGAAAUCCGUCUGAUCGGAAGUCAGUAUAAUACUCAUCGGUUGAUUUUUCAUUUGUAAAAACGUGCGACGAAUUUACUGUUGCAUAUUUUGGUUGUUUUUAUUGUCUCAACUUGGAUUCCUAAUAAAAUCGGAUGCUUGUCACAGCCUAAAAUUCGACAGCUUGUAAUGUUUCGUUAAAAUUUGUAAACCCGUGUCAACAGAAACGCUUGCUGAGAGUUUUACAUGCGUAUUCUCAUAACUGACAUUAAAAGGGACUACCUUAAGAUGGCAAACGUCAUCUACUUAUACAGAUCAUUCUACUCUCUGGGAUUAUUAUUUUAUGCGGCUGUGUAACAGUUAUAAAAGAUAUUUCUUCUGUUUAGGAAAUCAGCUAGCCUUGUAGAAUUGUCCAUUUUAACGAAGAAAAAUCUUCUAUAAAAGUGUUCGGAAAACUAUUUGGGAAGCAUACGUUUACCCUCGGCAAAUUCUCGCCAGGCAAGUAUUGGCUUUUGGGUUUCCCGAACGCUAUAGGUUUAAUAUUUAUAUAUUCUUUGUCAAAACUUUUGACAUCGUAUAUCAAUUUGCUGUCCGAAUUUCUGGGGGGUGUUCAUACUGGCCACGUAUAAAAAGGAUUGAGUCUAAGCUUUUCAAUUUUUAUUUAAUGGAAAUUUUUAAAUCGGGGUGUUUUUGCUUCACAAAUAAAAACAGUGAUCUGAUUGGUAAAUGAAAAAAUAAGCUGAUUUCACCCAAAAAGUAAUGCUGACGCCUUAUCCAUUAACGGCAACCGUAUAAAUGCCCGUUCCAGCUGAUUUUGAAAUUUGUGUAAAAUGAAGUUUUUUUCUUGAGGAAGACUAAGUAUUACGUCACCUAUCAGACAUCCUUCUUUCGAUCUUCCAACACAGUUUGUUACGAGACCGACGUUUGCUUAAAACUUACCACGAAGGACUUUGGAGUGGGUAUUCAACAUGAUAUGUGGACUCACACUAAGAGUCGCAGACAUUAAAGGUGAGUAAGGAGAAGGCUAAAGGACCUAGGAUUACAGUUAGAACACGGAAAUAGAUACUCCUGGAAUUCAGCGCAAGGUCACCUGUGGUACUGUCAUAUUUUGUCAAAACGCGACCACUUUUUUCCAGAUGCACAAUGUCUACGGCGAGCUACUCUUAUAAAGAAUGGUUAUACAUGUUUUUGCUUUGGGUCCGAAAUGGACUUUUGAUACUUCUGUAGGCAUGCGUUUUGUUCUGCAGCCAAUGACCGACCUUGCGAAAUGUCAGCCGCAAUACCAUACUAACAGCACAGGCACUAGGCUACUACCUGGGCUGCCUGUAUGGUAUCCUUCUGAACCGAAAUAUACUAAAAGCUGCCUGACGGCAGUUAAUUACUUUAACUCAGUUAUCCGCUGUGCCUGAUGGAAUUCGGCCCAGAUAUUCAUACAUCAAAAUUUGGUCUGCGUCUAUGAACCUUAAAGUAUACUGAUUUACUCCAAGUUCGCAGUUAAUUUCUGAGGAAAUCAAAAAGCAGAAUUUGGAAGCAAGUGCUUUGUGAAGGCUAAAAUAUGCGGGAAAAUAAACAUUUCUCAUUGCGAAAUACCGUCACGCAUCUUGAAAAUGUGUGACAAUGCACGGAUCAAUUUAAUGAUAUCAGGGGGUUCUUGUCACUAGGACUCAAAAGAGCGCUUUUUGGGUAUGUCAGUUGAGCAGCAGGUGCGAUUUUGGAAGUUAAUCAAGCUGGUCCUAUUUGAGUAACUUUGCUCGGCUUUGCGAAUGUCCAACUUUACACAGUCCGUAAAGAGGAAUGCGUCAUUUUCAUGGAAAACUCAGGUAUGAUUUCUUAUUUCUGGAUGUCUUUUUUUCAGUUCGCCUCAAACGACUUAUUUUGCAUUUUAGGCACAAAAGUCGAUUCAACCAAUCCACAAGAGAAGUUGAUCAUCAUCACGCUAUAUGUGGCCAUUGGUCUCUCGGUCUUCGCAAUGUGUUUUAAACUAAUGCAAGAAGAGGUGGUCUCAAAAUGCAAAUGGCUGGGUCAUAAAAUUGGUCUGCUGAAGCACCGUGUCAAAAAGCAAAAGUUUAAUUUGCCCCAACCUCGUGAUAACAUGACUGCUACGCCAGUCUAG